AUGCUAGCUCGUCGAGGACGCGCAUACAUGCGCCACAGUUGCCUAUGUCGUGUAUCGAAUGAGAUGCUGCAUUCAUUGGCAACAUCUCGCAGUGUGUCACUCUAUUCUUUGCGUAUGAUACCAAGAGACGUGAAGAUAGUAUCAAGUCCAUGGCGCUCAACGUUGCGUUACUCGGACAGUUUCAUGUUGAUGUCAACGUCGACUCGAUUGUUUUCCCAAUUGAAUCUCAUCACCUCGCAAGUAGACGAAGACGAAGGAGAAGAAGAUGAUAUACAGGAGCAAGAGCAGGACAUUAAACGUUGUCAUGAGUUUAAGUUGCAGCGAGAUACGAGGCUAAUUCCACUUGAACGCCUCGAGGAAUCGUACGUAACGCAGCUAAUAGAGGCGCUGGAGACGUCAGACGGAUCAGCUGCGUGGCGCACGGCACUGAACAUUUUUUACGAGAUUCAGCAGUCCAAUGGACGAGGUCUGACGCUGGAGGUGGCCUCCUUCCUCGUCGAGGUGCUGGGAGCGAGAAAACGCGUGCAGGACUGCAUGCGAGUGCUGGCGUACGCACGGGAGCAAGGCAUCCGUCCUCGCAUCCAGUCGUACUCGAGUGCAAUUGGCUGCUGCUACAGGGAGGAGGAGUAUGGCCACGCUCUGCGUGUGUUUGAAGUCAUGCGGAACGAUGGAUACAUCCCGCAGACCGUGACGUACUCGCACGCACUGUCAUCGGCACUUAAGUCGCAUCAACAUGAACUGGUGCUUGAGAUCUUUGACGAUAUGAUUAAGAAUCGGCUGGACUUGAACAUCAUCAUUUACAACAAUAUUCUAAACAGUUGUGUCCGUGCUUCAGAUAUACAUAGUGCACUAGGCGUUCUGCGUGCAAUUCGCCAGAGAGGACUGGAGAUGACACAGUCAACGUACCAUUCACUCGCCAUCUGUGCUGGCAAGACGGGCAAUUGGGAGCUGGCGCUAGAUACCAUGAACAUGAUGCAGACGAGCGGCUUUGAGCCCACGGCAACGAUCUUCAACUCGGUGUUUUCGGCGUGCGCCAAGGGGAAAGAGUGGGAUACGGUGGUCCAAGUGUACGAAUCCAUGCCUGAGGACCUUCGCGAAAACCUGCAAGGUGUGUACCUUGGUGCUGUGAUUAUGGGUCACGCCAAGUCCGAGAGUGAGGAGCUAAAAUUGCGAGGACUAGAAAUUUUUUACAAGUAUAAAGCGCGCCGGUCUAAGGAAGAGCAGCCUAACUUUUUUGCUUACAACGCGGCGUUGCUUGCUCUGCUGGAGACCAACCAACUCGAGAGGAUGCACCCCCUUGCCAACGAGAUGAAACAUCAGGGAAUGAAAUGGGACACGGUGACCUAUCAGUGCUUGAUCCUGUCUUAUAUUCGAGGAGGUGCCGUCGAGACUGCUGUGCAAAUGCUGCAGAAGAAUGCCAAGCGCAUGGGCAAAACGACCAUGUGCUACCGCGAAGCUAUCGACUUUUACGACGAGAAGCGGAAAAAUCCUCGUGAGGCGGUGCGACUCACGAUGCAAAUGAUGCAGAUGAACAAGCGCUUGAGUCGCCUCGACUGGCACAAUGCGCUGCGAAUUGCGCUGGAGCUGCCUGAGCGAGCUCCGUAUUGGAACUUCCGCAAGUGGAUGAACAUCCGCGCCAAAAGUAUCUUGAACGAUGUGCCCCCGCAUCUCAUGCUGCCCAAUCACGCGGACCAGCAGCGGGCGCUCAUGCAAGAAGAUGAGCCAAGCCAAGAGCAAUCUCAAAAGAAGCAUCACCUCGACAACUACCACUCGCGCAAACGCCAGCUGAACCGCAGGAAGACCAAUUUCGACGACGAAAAGUUCCUGUAA